AUGAAGUUCACACUCACACGCCGGUGCUUGGUACUCUUCAUCUUUCUAAAUCACCCAACCCCGAUUCUUCCUGCCACUUCAAAUAACACCUAUCCUCCCAAUAUGGAGUCCGAGCCAUUUCUGUACGUCCUAGGACGAAAGAAAAUGUCGGAUGCACAGUACAAAUGCUAUGACCGCAUGCAGCAGUUACCCCCAUACCAAGGAGAAGGUCCAUAUUGCAACCGCACGUGGGAUGGAUGGCUGUGCUGGGAUGAUACACCAGCUGGAGUAUUGUCCCAUCAGUACUGCCCAGAUUAUUUUCCAGACUUUGAUCCAACAGAAAAGGUUACAAAAUACUGUGAUGAGAACGGGGAUUGGUAUAAACAUCCUGAGAACAAUCGAACCUGGUCCAACUACACUAUGUGUAAUGCUUUCACUCCUGAGAAACUGAAGAAUGCAUACGUUCUGUACUACUUGGCUAUUGUGGGCCAUUCUUUGUCGAUUUUCACCUUGGUGAUUUCGCUGGGGAUUUUCGUGUUUUUCAAGAGCCUUGGCUGCCAGAGGGUGACUCUACACAAGAACAUGUUUCUGACUUACAUUCUGAAUUCUAUGAUUAUCAUCAUCCACCUGGUUGAAGUUGUACCCAAUGGAGAGCUUGUGAGAAGGGAUCCGCUGAGCUGCAAGAUUUUGCAUUUCUUUCACCAGUACAUGAUGGCCUGCAAUUAUUUCUGGAUGCUCUGUGAAGGAAUCUAUCUGCACACACUCAUCGUGGUGGCCGUGUUCACCGAGGAGCAGCACCUUCGGUGGUAUUAUCUCUUGGGCUGGGGGUUCCCGCUGGUGCCAACCACUAUCCAUGCGAUUACUAGGGCGCUGUACUUCAAUGACAACUGCUGGCUGAGUGUGGAAACCCAUUUGCUUUACAUCAUCCACGGUCCCGUCAUGGCAGCGCUGGUGGUCAAUUUCUUCUUCCUGCUCAACAUCGUCCGGGUGCUCGUGAGCAAGAUGAGGGAGACCCAGGAGGCGGAAUCGCACAUGUACCUGAAGGCAGUGAGGGCCACUCUGAUCCUGGUGCCCCUGUUGGGAAUCCAGUUCGUCGUCUUUCCCUGGAGGCCUUCCAACAAGAUGCUUGGGAAGAUAUAUGAUUACCUGAUGCACUCUCUGAUUCAUUUCCAGGGAUUCUUCGUCGCCGUGAUCUACUGCUUCUGCAACAACGAGGUCCAAACCACCGUGAAGCGCCAAUGGGCCCAGUUUAAAACCCAGUGGGACCAGCGCUGGGGGCGAAGGAACCCGCGCCGCCGCCCGGCCGCCGCCGCCGCCGAAGCCAGGGACAUCCCGGUUUACAUCUGCCAUCAGGAGCCGAGGAACGAAGCCGCCAACAACCUGGGCGAGGAGGGUGCCGAGGUCAUUGCUUUGGAAAUCAUUGAGCAAGAGUCAUCCGCUUGA